UUGAAGGAUAAAGUUGUGUUGUGCGACCCCACUGUUUGCGUGUAAAGGUAGUUGUCACUGCAGCUUGCUCGUAGCAACUAAGUUUUGGACACUCUUGGUUUUAAUACGGAUUAUGCAUUGAGGAGAACGACUCCUGGAGAUUAAGACCAAGAUGACAGAAGACGAGAUUUUGUUCGACAAUGUAUAUGAUUUGUUCGAGGUCAUCGGCAAAGGCCCAUUCAGUGUGGUGCGCCGAUGUCUGCAUAAGGAGACUGCACAGCAGUUUGCUGUCAAGAUCGUUGAUGUUGCCAAAUUCACGUCAAGUCCUGGCCUCGAUACAGAUGAUCUGAAGCGGGAGGCGAGUAUCUGUCACAUGCUCAAACAUCCGCACAUCGUGGAGCUGUUAGAGACAUACAGCUCAGAGGGCAUGCUGUACAUGGUCUUCGAAUAUAUGGAUGGUGCUGAUCUCUGUUUUGAAAUUGUCAAAAGAGCGUCUGCCGGCUUCGUUUACAGUGAAGCUGUUGCCAGCCACUACAUGCGACAAAUCCUUGAGGCCUUACGCUACUGUCAUGCAAACGAAAUCGUCCAUCGUGAUCUGAAGCCACACUGUGUCUUACUUGCUUCCAAGGAAAACUCCGCUCCCGUCAAGCUGGGCGGCUUUGGAAUGGCAGUCCAGCUGCCUGAAGAUGGAAAAAUAGCCGGAGAUACGUAUAUUGAUUUUGGAAUAGAACCUCUCUUUGAUCUGAGAGAAAUGUUUGAGGGUCGGGUUGGGACACCGCAGUACAUGGCUCCAGAAGUGAUAAAACGCGAGCCAUAUGGGAAACCUGUGGAUAUGUGGGGUGCUGGCGUUAUACUGUUUAUUCUUCUCAGCGGGUAUCCACCGUUCUGUGGCACGAAAGACAGACUCUUUGAUCUCAUACUCCGGGGCAGCUUUCAUAUGAGAUCGAAGCAGUGGGAAGCGUUGUCUCCUUCAGCUAAAGAGUUAGUCUCCAGAUUACUAGAAGUAGAUCCUGAAAAACGCUUGUCCAUUGAAGAGGCCUUAACUCAUCCUUGGAUCAACGAUAAGAAAUCAACCCCGAGAAAACACCUACAUGAAACUGUUGAAACACUUAAAAAAUUUAAUGCAAGAAGAAAAUUAAAGGGUGCUAUUAUGGCCGCAGUGUCCAGCAGUAAGUGGACGGAUUUCUACAAUGACCCCAGUCCAUCAAUAGACACAGUGGAGGAAGAGGCCACUUCUGCUGGAGCUGUUUCCCAGGUGCUAGACUCACUAGAAGACAUCCAGUGUUUGGCUGACUGCACGGAGCAAGAGAACGAGUUCCUAGAAAGCGUCUUCCAAGAUACCAAACUCCACAACCUUCUAAACCUCUAUGAUAAGAUAAACACGAAGUCACUGAGUCCAGCGCGGCGACCUCAAAAUGAUGCCAUUCCAAGGGUCAAGGAGGUGCUGCAGCUCCUCACAGACUCCCCAGAAAACUAUGCAGCCGAGUGCAGCGAGCUCCAACAGAUUCUCCAGCAGCCACACGUCAUGGCGUUAUUACAGGCCCAUGAUGUUGUGGCUCACGAGGUUUACAGCGAGGAAGCGUUGCGCGUGACCCCGUCACCAGUUCCGCCGUUCGUCAACGGGAAUGCCGAACCGGACGUCAUGGAGAACAAUGUUGAAAUGGACGGUGUCACCAGAGUAAGGCUCGUACAGUUCAUGAAGAACACAGACGAGCCAAUGGGUAUAACAUUAAAGGUCAAUGAAAAGGGCCAGUGUUUUGUUGCACGGAUAAUGCAUGGUGGAAUGAUUCACAGACAAGGUACCUUGCAUGUGGGUGAUGAAAUAAAGGAGAUCAACUCGGAGAGUGUGGCGAACCAGCCUGUUGAAAUGCUGCAGAAAAUGCUGAGAAAUCUGCAUGGUUCAGUCAUGUUCAAAGUGCUGCCCACUGCCGAGGGGAACUAUAAAAAUGACAACAUUAUGCAUCCUGAGAUUUACGUUCGAGCCCUGUUUCCUUAUGACCCACAUGACGACGACCUGAUACCGUGUUCACAGGCUGGCAUCUCGUUCAAAGUGGGAGAUGUCUUACAGGUGAUAAGUAAGGAUGAUGCCAACUGGUGGCAGGCUAAGCGGGUGGAUGAUUCGUCCAACGAGCCGGCCGGUUUGAUUCCGUCGCCAGAACUCCAGGAGUGGAGGACGGCGUCCCUCGCCAUCGAGCGAUCGCGGAGAGAACAUUCAGUGCAUUGUUCAUGGUUUGCGCGCAAGAAGAAAGACAAGUAUCUGAUCAAACACAACGCCGUGUUCGACCAGUUGGAUCUCGUCACAUACGAAGAGGUCGUCAAACUUCCGACGUUCGUGAGGAAAACAUUGGUGCUGCUUGGUGCUCAUGGUGUUGGCAGACGGCACAUAAAGAACACUCUAAUCACAAGUCAUCCAGAUAAAUUUGCUUACCCCAUUCCUCACACAACGAGACCUCCACGAGAAGGCGAAGAAGACGGCAAGAAUUACCAUUUUGUAACACAUGAGAGAAUGAUGUCCGACAUCGCUUCCAACCAAUACCUAGAAUACGGGACCCACGAAGAUGCCAUGUACGGGACAAAACUAGAGACAAUCCGCCAGAUUCAUAAACGAGGAUUGAUGGCAAUUCUCGAUGUCGAACCUCAGGCACUGAAGGUACUCAGGGCUGCGGAGAACGCUCCGUUUGUUGUUUUUAUUGCCGCACCACGAGCCGUUGAUUUACGAAAGAUGAAAAAUAUUGCUGAUGACAGUCUGGAGCGGCUUGCCCGGGAAAGUGAGUUGCUGGAAAAGGCGUACAGACAUUACUUCGAUCACAAAAUUGUGAACAAUGACAUUGACGAAACCAUUAGGACUUUGGAGAAAGCCAUUGACGAAGUCUGUUCCACUCCACAGUGGGUUCCUGUUAGUUGGGUGUACUGACGUGUAUCUGAACACAACUUAACAAAUGAAUUUAAUGGCCUUAUACAAGAAAUGAAAAAAAAAAAACUAAUCGCCAAAGUGAUUUUUUUUUCUUGGUUUUUGUUUUUAAAUUUUGCGUCUUCAUUGUGAUGAAAUAAAACAAAAUUGGCAGCAGAUUUUCCAAUGAUUACCAUGUGGUGAUAAAUUUGCGGUUUUAUUGGAUCAUCUUUUCGCUGAGACUAGACAUUUGAUUUGACAAACGUCUGUGAUUAUUGGAGUUUUAAUCUGUUACCGUGGAGUCGCAGAUGGAUUGUGAUUGGUGGAGAACUGAAAGAUGAAAAGAUGGCUUGUUGUUUGGAAGGUAGUAUCUUCCUACACAAGAUGGCUUCUAAUGAUAUUUAGACUGGAAAUCUUAAAACAAAUGACUAAAAUGAAGGAAAUAUUUUUUUGUGAUCAGGAACAUUGAUAUACAUUGAUUUGAUUUUUAUUUGAUUUAAUAUGACUAUCAAAGGUUGGAUGCGAGUAAAAAAAAUAAUUAAAAAUUGGAUUGGAUUCUGAGGAAAGGAAAUCAUAUUUUGAUUGGUUGUUGGAUGUUCAGUCAUAACUUUAACUCAAAUGGUCACUUCAUUUUCUUGUCAGACAUUUCCUGCUUGUACAAACUUGAACAUAAACAAAACACCUACAAAAUUACCUGUUACAGCAUUAUACAUGUAUAUAUUCACACAAGAAUACGGCAUUGGUUGGUAGAGAGAGAAAAACCAAGUACAGAUAGUGAUCAAAUGAUUUAAUAAGAGGUUGGCAAACUGCCAGUUGAUUAUUGGUGAUUUGGAGAAAGUCUUUCACUGGUCACUUUGCAUGAAGUUUAUUUCAUAAACAUCUAAAUGGUGAUAAACAAUUUCAAGCCUUCCUCAUAACAGACAUUUCUGAAUGAAAGGGGUUAAAAAUGUUGUUUUUAAAUAGCCAUUUUCUUCGGUGCAUGCAGUCAGACACUUUUACUACCUGUCCAAAGAUUUAAAGCAAAAACUUAUUUUUUGUACAUAAAUAUAGUACUAAUAUGAUUGGUAGAAAAUCAAUCACAGAUUAUUAUUGGCUGAUUUGACAAGUUAAUUUCUUUAUCCCAAAUAUAAGCACAAAGCUGAUUGGUAGAAAAGCAAUCACAAAAAAUGAUUGGUUGAUUUGAAAUACUAAUUUUUUUAUCCCAAAUAUAAGCACCAAGUUGAUUGGUAGAAAAGCAAUCACAGAUCAUGAUUGGCUUAUUUGAACUGUUAAUUUUUGUAUCCCAAAUCUAAGCACCAAGGUGAUUGGUAGAUAUAAAUUCUGUAUUGUAUUUCUUUCUUUUUGCAUUAACAAUGCUUAGAUAAUGCUGACUAAACAGAUUGUUUUUUUUGUUUUUUUUUGUUCUAUUAGUCUUGGGUGUUCAAGCUGGUUUUUUAAAGCUACACAUUCACCAUACUAUAAAAUACUAUUAAAUAUAGAAAGAGUUUUAGACAUUGUGCAUGAGUUGCUGAUGUCACAUAUUAAAAUGUUAUGCUCCCGUGCUGUUAUUAACUUCAUAGAUAUUGUUUCUAUUAAUGUCAUUGAUCUCUCAUAACAAAUUUAUAUUUUUAUUGGAUACAGAAUUCAUCCAAAAGGUAUGGUAAUCCUAUUCAAAUAUUUUGUGCUGCACAUUUUUAAUUUUUAUUUACUUUAUAAUUUGUUUAGGUGUUCUACAAAGAACAAUUUCUUUUUUAAAUAUAUAGGUUUUAAAAAAAAUAUUCUGCAAUUUUUUGUUAAUAAUAACAAAACAAAUAAAACUAAAACCAUCUACAAUCAAAGAUUUUCAUGAGAGAAAAGCAAUAAAUUUUAUUUUAUUCUUCCAUCAAAAAUGGUUGCUAAUUAAAAUAUUUACAGAAUAAUUGCAACACUUAUUUGAAGUCACACACAAGGACUUGACAAAAUUAAUGUCAAUCUUGUGUCACUACAAGAACAGUUACAAAGUUACUUAAUGAUCAAGUAUUUUUUAUUCAUGUCUUGUGUGAAAUGUAAAAUUUAUCCCAUAAACUACAAUACAUGCUAAAAACAUACAUCUUUGUAAUUUCGUCACUACUAUUUUAAAAUCAUAUUAUUGAAAUAAGGCUGACCAACAUGUUAACGUGAUGUCAUAGUUUAAAUCUGAACUGCAUUUCCAUUUUGAUUUGAAAAACCACCCAAAAUUGGCCACUGUUUUAAUGGAUCUGUGAAGGAUAUUUUCUAUGUUCUAUAUAAAACUUUUCCUCCAAGGAUUAUUGAGAAAACUGCUGUUUGCGUCAAGUGUCAGAACAUUAGAUUUUGAUAUUCUUGAGUUAAUUACAUUAAUAUUUAUAUGUGGGAUCAAGUAAUUUUUAGUAAUUUAUCACAAAUACAUAUAAAAUAGCAAAAUAUGAAACUUUAAAAUUUCAAGAAUGCACCUUUAAUUUUUUCAGUUUGCAAACCUGAAAAACAAAUAGCUCUAAUGUUUCUCCUAGUUUCAGAAAGAUAUUAUUUGUGUGGAUGCAAGCACAAGCAAGCUCUUCUUUGAAGUAAUGUUCUGAAAUAAAUCUUGUAAUUAGUUUAUAAUUAACUGACUUGAAGAUUAAUUAUUUAUAAUCAGCAACAUACAUGUAUAUAUUUAUAUAUAUAAAACUUUAAUAUAGUAACAGUUUCUCUGAAACUUCCCAUUGUCUAAAAGCCUGUGUAAUUAAUAAUUAUAAAAUAAUAUUACUUACAUGUAUAUAGUUUUUCAAACUGUUCUGAUAUUUUGGCUCAUCAAUCUUGAGAUGAUGAUAUAUACCACCAACCCAUUAUUUACUAACAUUGCAGGUUCAUCAGUGUUAUGGCAUUUAUUAUUUGCUUUUUAUGAACUGAUGUGGAGGUGAAAUGUAACCCAUCUGCUGUUGAGGUCUAGGAAGAUGUUUUAGAAAAGAACCUGUUAUGUGUAUGUUGUUAACAGCAAUACCAAUGCUAAUAUAGAUCGAGUGUUCGUUAUGGGAUCAGAAGCAUAAUAAAAAGCGAUUCUGUGAAA